CUCUCUUCUUUUCUACACCGGCUGUAGUAGAAAUAUCCCCGGACACGAGCUAGGUUCGGUUGAGAAGAUGUCUUGCCAGAAAGUUAUCCAUUUUGGGCAGCAGUUGUUUCGUCGGAAAGUGGUAGACUGUACAAGCAACGACAGCCGGCUCUCGCGGUGCCUCAACACAUUUGACUUGGUUGCCCUUGGCGUAGGCAGCACUCUUGGGGCAGGGGUUUAUGUUCUUGCUGGAGCAGUGGCACAAGAAAAUGCAGGACCUGCCAUUGUCAUUUCCUUUCUGAUUGCAGCUCUGGCUUCUGUGCUGGCUGGACUUUGCUAUGGAGAAUUUGGUGCUAGAGUUCCAAAGACUGGAUCAGCGUAUCUCUAUAGUUAUGUGACUGUUGGUGAGCUUUUGGCAUUCAUUACUGGCUGGAACCUAAUUCUUUCUUAUGUCAUUGGGACAUCAAGUGUAGGCAGAGCUUGGAGUGCAACAUUUGAUGAGCUUAUAGGCGAGCAUAUUGAGAAGUUCUUUAGUCGCUACAUGUCUAUGAAUGCUCCUGGUAUUCUAGCAAAAUACCCAGAUGUCUUUUCUGUUUUCAUUAUACUAAUCCUAACAGGACUUCUGACUUUUGGCGUGAAAGAAUCUGCAAUGGUUAACAAAGUGUUCACUUGUAUCAAUGUCCUCGUCUUGUGCUUUGUGAUGGUGUCAGGUUUUGUGAAAGGCUCAAUAAAAAACUGGCAGAUCCCAGAAAAUCUCUCACUUUCGGAGAAUUCCACACAGAAUCUGCCGCAUGGUGUUGGUGGGUUUAUGCCAUAUGGUUUUUCUGGAGUUCUUUCAGGAGCAGCUACCUGCUUUUAUGCAUUUGUGGGAUUCGACUGCAUUGCCACCACAGGUGAAGAAGUAAAAAAUCCCCAGAAAGCUAUUCCAAUAGGCAUAGUGGCCUCACUUCUGAUCUGCUUUGUUGCAUAUUUUGGGGUGUCGGCUGCUCUUACUCUCAUGAUGCCUUACUAUCUGCUUGAUAAAAAUAGCCCACUGCCAGUUGCUUUUAAGUAUGUGGGAUGGGAAGGAGCAAACUAUGCAGUAGCUGUUGGAUCCCUGUGUGCUCUUUCUACAAGCUUGCUUGGAUCCAUGUUUCCAAUGCCCCGGGUUAUUUACGCGAUGGCAGAAGAUGGAUUACUAUUCAAAUUUUUGUCUCGUGUCAAUGAAAGGACAAAAACCCCAAUGUUAGCUACUAUAACCUCAGGAGUUGUUGCAGCUAUCAUGGCCUUUCUCUUAGACCUCAAGGAUCUUGUAGACCUGAUGUCUAUCGGGACUCUUCUAGCUUACUCCUUGGUGGCUGCCUGUGUCUUGGUACUAAGAUACCAACCUGAGCAGCCUAACUUGGCGUAUCAGAUGGCUAGUACUACAGAUGAGACAGACACAAAUGAGUCUGUGAGCACAAGUGAAUCUCAAACUGCGUUUCUGCCGGGAGAGGGAGAGAAAUUAUCCUUAAAAGUCAUCCUCGUCCCCCAAAAUACAAUUCCUUCCAAACUUUCGGGAUUUAUAGUGAAUGUCUCUACUUGUGUCAUAGGUUUUCUUAUUGUCAGCUUCUGUAGCUUGACUGUCCUUGGCAAGGAAGUUCUGAUCAGAGGAGCAGCGUGGGCCAUUAUCAUGCUUGUUGUCAUCUUCCUCAUCUGCUUUGUUUUCGUGGUCAUCAUUUGGAGGCAGCCUGAAAGCAAAACCAAACUCUCAUUUAAGGUCCCUUUUCUGCCUGUUCUUCCAAUCCUGAGCAUCUUUGUGAAUGUUUAUCUCAUGAUGCAGCUGGAUUGUGGCACCUGGAUACGAUUUGCCAUCUGGAUGGUCAUAGGCCUGGUUAUAUAUUUUGGCUAUGGCAUAUGGCACAGCGUAGAGGCAUCUUAUUCAGCACCAACGGAUCAAGAAAGAAGUACGGAUAACAAUAUGGACACUUGUAAAUGACAUCCUUCUUGUUCAGGAGGGUAUUGAGAGCUAUUACUGCACAGCAGGAUACUUCUCUCCGGGAUUCUGAAAGAACUUUUUUUUUUUUUUGUAGAAUAUCAGGUGGGCUCUCAUGUCCCCUUUAACAUGGGGAUGCAGCUGGGAGGGAUCACAAGGAAAAAAAAUACCUAGCCUCUGACGCACUCCCAACAAUACUGUUACUUCUUGCUGACAGCUGUUUCUCUUCUUUACUCUUUGAAUAGAAGGUGCUAGUUUACUUCCAAUGUUACUGUGAGAAUAAGAUUCUCAGGCUUGUGAAUUAAUUCCUGGCUACUGGAAUGGAGCACACUCUAUACUGUUUCUCCAAUAUUCACCUAUAUUGCAGCACCAGAACUAAACUAAAACAGAACCAAACCAAACCAUACAUAAACCCUCUUACAUGUUUAUAAAACUGUAUCCACUUCCCAAGACUGGAAUGAAAAGAAAGGGAGUGGUGCUAUUUAAACAUUGUGCUUAACGUAUUUAAAGAGGGGUGAUGCCUGAGUUUUGGCAUCCAACAUUACAACAAUUUCCUUUAGCAAAUGUGGACAAACCAGGCUUCCCCCCGGAGGCUUCUGUGCAACCUGUAGCUGAAUUCCUCUCCUGUGCUUCAAACAGCUGUGUAGAUACGAAGCAAGAGUCUGUUGCUUAUGAUAGAACUGCUGUGUAAAAAGUAUGACUUUCAGGUAUGCAGAUCUGCCAAAUCAAAGGCAAUUGCUUGGUUGGGAUGUUUACAUUUCAGAUCAGACAGUCCUGGUCAAAGGCAGCCUUUCCCAUGCUUGUAUUUCAACAUAAUAUUGUGAUGUAGCUCACUGAUAUGCCCUGUAGCUGAGAAAAGGCAAGAGUUUCCUGUAAUAAAGAUGGAAUUAAUAA